CUAUAAAUUUCCGGCGCCGUCGCCAUCGCCGCCCUCAACUCAACUCAACCUGCAGCUUCCACUUCUCUCACACACUCUCUGCAGAUUGCGAACUGUCCUCCAUGGCUUCUUCUCUUAUCUUGUCCAUCGCUCUCCUCCUCGCCAUCACCAGCUCAGAAGCCAAAGAGUUCUUGGUGGGAGGCGCCGACAAUGCCUGGCAGAUCCCUCCUAACACCACCGACUCCCUCAAUCAGUGGGCCGAGAAGAACCGGUUCCAAGUCGGUGACUCCCUCGUAUGGAAGUACGAUCCGGCGAAGGACUCGGUGCUGGAGGUGACACGGGAGGCGUACUUGAGCUGCGACAGGUCGCGGCCGUUAGCGGAGCACAAGGAAGGCGCAUCCACGGUGGAGUUGAGACGGUCGGGGGCGUACUACUUCAUCAGCGGCGCGGCGGGGGCCUGUGAGGAGGGGCAGAGGCUCAUCGUGGUGGUCAUGUCGGAUCGCCACUCGCUCCGCGCGCGGCUGGCGUCGCCGGCAAUGGCUCCCUCCGAGUACGAGGGCCCGGCUGUAGCGCCCACCAGCGGCGCCGGGAAACGAGGGGGAGCGAUCGCCGCCGCCGCCGCCGCCAUGGUGGCGUUGAGCGGGUCUGUUUUUAUGCUGUAAUCACACAGAUGGUUUGUGAUCAACCAUUGAUUUUAUAAAAUUAAAACUAUUUUGGAGAUA